AUGCGCAGAGGUGAUUGCACACUGGAUGGUCAGCAAGAAGACGACAUGGGGGAUACAACGACGACGGUGCUGCUCACCAGUGUACUGGGGACGUUCAGGUUUUUCGUUGUCCUAGGCGUCGGAUACAUCGUGUCGGUCAGGCCGCAACGAGAACCCCUCAUGCCGAAAGAGGUCGGCCGACACUUCAGCAGGGUGGCCAUGGAUCUCUUCUUGCCCUGUCUCAUGCUGGCCGGCAUGGGGGCCAACUUAAACCCGGGAGCGCUGCGAGACUCUUGGCACUUGGUGGUGAGCAGCACCUUGUCGAUCGGCCUUUCGAACGGCGUCGCCUGGGCGUUCGGGUGGCUGCUGAUGCGGCGGGACGCGCGGGCGAAGUUUCGGCCGGUGCAGCUGGCGAUCGCGUUCCCUAACGCGCUCGUAGUCCCGCUGGUGCUGUUCGAUGCGCUCUGUGAGCAGGACUUAAUCAACAGCGAUUUCGACGGCGACAACAACGAAUGCUUCGACCAAGCGACCGGCAUGAUCUUCAUCUUCCUCGCCGUCUGGCAGGUUUGGUUCUACGCGUGGGGCGUCUACUGCUUCCAGAACGACAACGCCCUCGAGCUAGCCCUAACUAGCCAGCCAGCAGCGGCACCAUUGCCAACAACAGUAAGAGAAACAGCAAUUUCGUCGGGGGGCACGGGCCCGCCACAUGCACCAGACCCCCCCCGCUGCCAGAGCGGCCACGGCAACGGCAGCAUCACGAAAGUCAGCAGCAGUACUAGUCCUCCAUCGAGCGUCACGCUUAGAAAUUCCUCCCCCAAGCACACGCUCCAUCUGAUACCUGCUGAGGCAGCGAAGGUUGAUGGCGACAGGGCUUCAGAGUGGGCGGAGGGGGGGGCGGUGGGAGGCGACAGCGGAGCCGUAGACCCCCAAGCGGGCGCAGCAGCAGCAGGCGAUGAAACGGGGGUUGUCGGAGCGGCCACCGAAUCGGGAACAGGAGCAACGGGAACGGGUGCCAAGAGCCAUGGCUCUCCAGUCGGUUCGCUGCACAGUCGCGAGGUGGGGGUGGAAUCAACACCCCUUGGAAGAGACCAACCUACUCUCAUGGAGCAGACUGGACGUGGUGGUUGCGGAGACGCAGACGCCAGCGAGGUUGCCUCGAUGCCACGGAGGCGAAAGGAGAACAAAGCAGUGGCAGACCUCCUGGUUAUAGAGGAGGGCAAUGUCAUUGACGGCGGCGGCGCUCGCGGCAGCGGCACCGGCGACGUUAACGGCGGUCGUGGUAGUGACAGUGAAGGGCCGUGGGAAGAGGCGAAGCACCGGGCGUGGGCUUUGUUGGUUUCGCCUGUGAUCGUGGCAGUCGUAGCAGGCAUCGUGAUAUGCACGAUCGAACCCCUCCAGGACAUGCUGUUCCACAACCCGCAGGCGCUUCUGCGCCCUCUGGGAGGAGCAAUCCAGGCGGUGGGUGUGCCUACGGUGACGGUUUCAUCGUUGGUGAUGGCCGGUUCUCUGGUGGCGGUUUCGGCGGUUGCCGACGAAGCGGCACCACCUGCGGGGGGGAACGAGGUCGCCGUGCCGAUUUGGCGUCGACCCCGAUUCGUCACGGGGUUCUUGCUUGUCUUCCUCCGCCUUGUCGCUAUUCCUGCUGCGUUCUUCGGCAUUUUCUGGGUGGCGAAGACGUACAGCUCGGUGAUGGGCGAGAACCGGUUGAUGCACCUCAUCCUGUUGGUGGAGUUCGCCAUGCCCACAGCGACGAUCAUGAUCCCCCUCCUUCACCAAAUUCGGUUGCCGAGGACGGCGGGCUUCAUCUCACGACUACUUGUGUGGCAGUACGCAGCUUCGAGCAUAACCGUGAGCUUCUGGACCGCCCUCGCCAUAACGAUGCUGUAUUAAGGAGCUACGGACAGCGCAUGCCGACGUUUUUGGGCGGAUAUUCUCUACUUACUUACUCCCCACGUGUUUCGGGGUACCACGAAGGGACGGUGAUAGAGGGCCGAGGCGUUGUCUCCUUGCUCACUUUGACAGACCUUGGUUGGAAAAGCUGUCCUCGUGUGGCAGGCGGGGGGUGGGGGGGGCGCUCGAACCCCCGAGUCAAUAACAUGAUCCAGCACCGACCACGAAACGCAUUUUGUGUUUAGACUUGACCCGCAACCAUUUUUGAUCUUGCUUGGUGUGCUCGCGUUGAUGUCCGUGGCUGGGGGGAAAGAAGGCCAGGCGCGAGGAGGAGGAGGAGGGAAAGUUGUUGAUUGCUCCCUCCUGGUCAUGCGUGCGAACUGCUCUGUGCUCGUUUUGGUUGCUACGGGUACCACGGCCACUCUUGUUAUUUAAGUGUAUCGUCAUACCGGUUUCUUGCGCCUUCCAGUGUAGGAUUUGGACGCAACAGCGUGUCCCGCACAGGAGGAAGAGCCCUGCAGUUUUUUUUUUUUUUCUCCGGUCUCCUUCUGCGGUGCUUGCCUUCAUUACCUUUAUUUUGACGGCGAGAAGAAGUCAGCCACCCCAUUCCCUCGUCGAAGGGCGUUAGGUCGAAUCUUGUGCAU